AUCGAAUAUUAUACACCAAAAAUGGAAAUAUCUUUAUGGGUAGGGGUGGAAGUAUAUAAAAGGUAGAGGAAGUUCUUUUAUCUAUUCCCAGCUUGGCCAACUUGGACCAACUGCAUUCCAUAUAAAUGGGGCGUGCCCAUAAAAAUCCUUAGCCAGGCAUUCAACUCCUCGACCGUUUCUAUUUCUCCAAAUUAUUUCUUUUGGCCAUUCGGAUAAACCAGUAGUUGUUUUUGUCAAGGAUUCUAAGCAGAUAGUGAGGAGAUCAAUGGGGGUGUUGGUGAAAUGUGCAAAACCAAAGAUGGGAUUUGUGCCAUUAUGGCUACUGUGCUUCGUCGUCAUGUAUGGGGUUUCCGAGGGGGCAGAGUACAUGAAGUAUAGGGACCCCCGGCAGCCUGUGGAUGUAAGAAUCAAUGACUUGAUGAAGAGGAUGACCCUUGAGGAGAAGAUUGGCCAAAUGACUCAGAUUGAGAGGAAAGUUGCAACAUCUGAGGUUAUACAGAGAUAUUUUAUAGGGAGUCUUUUGAGUGGUGGAGGGAGUGUGCCAGCACCCAAGGCCACAGCGGAGCAAUGGAUUAACAUGGUUAACGGCUUUCAAAGAGCGGCUCUCUCCACCCGCCUUGCCAUUCCUAUGGUUUAUGGAAUUGAUGCCGUUCACGGCAACAAUAAUGCUUACAAGGCCACCAUUUUCCCUCACAACAUUGGACUUGGUGCUACCAGGGAUCCGGAAUUGGUGAAAAGGAUUGGAGCUGCAACUGCACUUGAAGUUAGAGCUACUGGAAUAAAUUAUGCCUUUGCUCCCUGCAUUGCAGUAUGUAGAGAUCCUCGAUGGGGCCGUUGUUAUGAAAGCUACAGCGAAGAUCAUGAAAUUGUGCAAAUGAUGACCGAGAUCAUACCUGGUUUACAAGGAGACCCCCCUGCUAAUUCCUCCGGUUUUCCAUUCGUUGCAGGAAAGACAAAAGUUUUAGGGUGUGCCAAGCAUUUUGUCGGGGAUGGAGGUACGGACAAGGGUGUCGACGAGAGCAACACCAUAAUCGACAUGAAUGGUUUGCUUAGCAUUCACAUGCCAGCGUACAACGACUCGAUCCGGAAGGGUGUUGCAACUGUUAUGGUUUCAUACUCAAGCUGGAACGGCGAGAAGAUGCACGCUAAUCGCGACCUAAUAACCGGAUUCCUCAAGAACAAGCUCAAGUUCAAGGGAUUUGUCAUUUCUGACUGGGGAGGGCUUGACAGGAUCACUACUCCCUCUCAUGCUAACUACUCUUACUCUGUUCAAGCUGGAAUUCUCGCAGGAAUUGACAUGGUAAUGGUGCCGUUGGACUAUGAAGAAUUCAUUGAAGAUUUAACAUCCCUGGUGAAGAAGAAGGCCAUCCCAAUGAGUAGGAUUGAUGAUGCAGUCACAAGAAUAUUAAGGGUUAAGUUUGUGAUGGGCCUCUUUGAGGACCCGAUGGUCGAUCUCGGCAUGGCAACCCAUCUUGGCAGCCAGGAACACAGAGAGCUGGCUAGGGAAGCUGUGAGGAAAUCCCUUGUGCUUCUAAAGAAUGGCAAAUUGGCUAACCAGCCAUUGUUGCCCCUUCCUAAGAAAGCCCCAAAGAUCCUUGUGGCUGGGACCCACGCUCACAAUCUUGGGUAUCAAUGUGGAGGCUGGACCAUUGAAUGGCAGGGCAUUGGCGGCAAUGAUCUUACACUUGGAACCACCAUUUUAACUGCCGUGAAGAAGGCCGUCGAUCCAUCAACAGAAGUGGUCUAUCAAGAAAACCCGGAAUCGGAGUUCCUCGAAUCCAACCAAUUCUCGUACGCCAUUGUUGUUGUGGGUGAGACCCCGUACACGGAGUUUCUCGGGGACAGCACGAACCUCACCGUGGCCGAACCUGGAGGAAGCGUCAUCGAUACUGUCUGCGCCGCCGUCAAAUGCGUGGUGGUCGUGGUCUCCGGACGGCCGGUGGUGAUGGAGCCGUAUGUGGCGAAGAUUGAUGCGCUUGUUGCAGCUUGGCUGCCGGGAAGUGAAGGGCAGGGCGUGGCCGAUGCGCUGUUUGGGGAUUACGGAUUCGCCGGAAAACUUGCCCGGACAUGGUUCAGGUCAGUCGAUCAGCUUCCGAUGAACGUCGGCGACCCUAAUUAUGAUCCUCUCUUCCCGUUUGGGUUUGGCCUAACAACUGAACCCAUGACGAUGAUUCAAGAACCAUCAGGAUGGUUUUCAGCCAUAUGACUUGGUUGUCCGUCCAUUUGACAUGGCCUAAGGAGUAAUUUAUUUGGUUCUGAUUUAACUAGACUCGUACCCGUGCGAUGCACGGGAAGUAAAAAAACUCAAAUAACUCUUGAAUUGGAAUAACAUAAAAUGUUAAAAAAAAUAAAGAGAUUACAAAUUU